UGAAAUAUUCCUGGCCGGAGCGGCCGCGUCCCAGCGGUUUGGAGGGUAAAGGUUCGGGACAAGGCGGCGGGCCCGGCGCGUGCGCAGACGGCGGCGGAUGAUGGCGGCCGCUCUGUCCAGGGCGCUGAAGCUGCCGGGUAAAAAGUCUCACGACUUGGGAGAGUACGACCCGCUGCGCCAGGCCGACAGUGACGAUAGUGCCGAUGAUGGCGACCUCAACUAUCAGAAGAAUGGCAGCCUGCAAGUUGAAGCAAUGGUUGAGGCCGUGCUCAGCAGGGACGCGGACACUGUGGUUGAAAUGCACACACUGAAGGGAAAGCAUUGCCGCUCUGACCAACCCUGCUCAGCGGAGGUCCAUGCCACUGAGGUGUCGGAUGAGUUUGUUGUCAAAAGCAGAACGUCGUUCCUUCCGUGCCUGCGGACGGCCGCCUUCCUCGUCACUCUCCUCGUGACCAUGGUCCUCGUCUUGGUCUGUGCUUUCUUCAUCCCGUGCCCCAAGAGCCGGGCACUGAAGACCUCGUGGAACAGAAGCCUCGGGCUAGCAGCCGCUUUCCCUCCAGCGAUCGCACUUUGGGACGUCAACAAUGACCAGGUUCCCGAUGUCAUCGUUUCGUUCAGCUCCACUGGGAAAGUCCGAGGCCAAAGAGGGGCCCUCAGGCCACAAGGCGGCUUGAAGCUUCACGUGUCGGUGGCUGUCUUGUCCGGGGCGGAUGGCAGCGUUCUCUGGACAACUGUGGCCUCGGAGCGGCUGAAGUUCAUCCACUGCGGCAUCGGCCGUACCGAAGAGGGAAAGGGCACCGUCUGCCUGCUGGUUGGCGUCACUCACAUGUUAAAGGCCGUUAACAGCAUCUCGGGAAGCUGUUUCUGGGAAAUGAAGAACGUGUCCCCAUCCCAUCGGACCCCGGCCGCUCCGCCUAUGCAACUCCCAGACGUGGACGGAGACGGUUUUGCCGACAUUCUGCUUGCGAGCAGAUCGGCUACAUUGACCAAUCGGAUUCAUGAUGUGUCCUUCGUGUUUGUGUCAGGAGCGACGGGUGCCCUGAUAGGGCAGCCGGUGACGUAUAAUGUCACUGGUGAAGGCAAGUUGAUCGGUCCGAAGGCCUACGUGUCUGGUGAGGGGGCACUCUACGUUCUCUUUGGUUAUGGGAGCAUCCAAGCGGUGUCUGUGCGGGACAUUUACACGCAGGCGAAUGGCAAGGGCACCUUGCCUCCAUCUCUAUGGAAGGAAGAAUCCCCCUUGGAAUGGAAGCCAGAGGGAAGCCUGCCUGGAGUUCUGGAUGUGUACAGUGGUAACGGCUCUGUGCAGGACGUGCAGGCUGUGGGUAGGCCGGGCGAGGACCCCAUGGAGCUGCUGCUCACCACCAAGAACCAGCUACAGCUGCUGAGGGGCACACAGCUACGCCAAGUGUGGCAGGCGGUCGGCAGCACCAUCAAUGGCGCUCCUGUGGCCGGGUACUUCAACGACGACAGAGUCCCGGAUUUCCUGAUCCAGGUGGCCAGUGGGAACGGCACGAGGAAGAGUCUGAUCAUCGAUGGGAGCUCGGGCCAGGAGCUGUGGGCUGCGGAGCUGGACUGCCGGAGCCAGGGAUCGGAGGCAGCCUCGGUACCCCUGCCUGACGGGAGGUCAGCAUUCCUGUUCUGGGCCGGAGAAUGCCGAGCAAAGCCUUCGCCUCCGGGGGGCGACUCUGAGCGGGACGGCCAGUACCGCCUCUACCUCCUGCACCCGGCCUACCCUGGGCUGCUCGUGGAGCUGGCUCGUAGCCCCGGCCCUAUCACCGCAUCCGCCACUGGAGUGUGGGAACAAAGGAAGGAUGCGUUCCAUGUCUCCGUGACGACUGACUCCAGCCAAGCCACCCACAGGGGCCGGAUGGGGCCGCUGCUGGUCAGCAUGGUGGGCCUGAAGUGGGCGAUCCUGCACAGCCGGCUGCUGGCACUGGACAGGACAGACAUCAACACCCCGUCCAUCAGGAAAUCCCUCUCCCAGCUCAGCUUCUGCAAGGACCUUCAGCAGUGAAGGGUUCUGAACUCAUCCCUUCAGCAGAGUCCAACGUUUGUAUCCGUCGCCGUUUUACGCUGCGUCCCCCUCCCCACCCCACGCUGCUUCCCGUGAAGUUCCGGCCCGUUCCCCGCGGGCAACAUCCGCGUCCUAGGCCGAUCCGACAGCCAGACUCACGGGAAGACCGUGCCGGAGAUGAAGGUAACGCAGCGGCUGGUGGGAGAGGGCAUUCCCUGCUCCCAGGGAAUCCCAUUCCCUCUACCCCUCGCCCUCUGCCGCCUCUCCUCACCCCUGCCCGCCCCCCCCUCAUGCCAGCCUCGUCUCAGAGGGCACUGUCGCCGCCAGCGUUCAACCUAUGGAGGACAUGCUUCACUGGGGACCAUUUCCACCCAGCAUUGUUUACACGGUGUGUCGGAACAAGGAACUGCAAAUGCUGGUUUACAAACAAAAGUGCUGGAGGAACUCAGCAGGUCAGGCAGCAUCUCUGGAGAACAUGGACAGGUGACGUUUCGGUUUGGGACCUCCAUCAGUCUGAUUGUAAGAGGGGGAGGGAGGAGGGAAAGCAUGAAGGGAAGUGGGGCAGGACAAAGUGGAGCAAUGUUACAACAUUUUGAGAUUUAAAAAAUCAAGUCUGUAACUUAUCCCAUCAGAUAAAGCAUAAAAAGAAGUUUAAUUUGACACCCAAUUCACUUUCAUAUCUCCAGUAUUAAAAAUGUUAUGGCCAUUUUCAUACUCGGAAAUUAGCAUCUUGAUCCCUAUUGCUUUUCCAUUGACUUAACACAAUAGCUGUGAUCGAGGACAGUCAAAUGGCCAUAACCGUCUUAAAAAUUAAGAGAACUGAAAGAAAUGUUCAGUUAUCGUAGAUUGAAGCAUUCUGAAACAAAUAUGAAACAAUCUUACUUAGAUGACUUGAAAUUAAAGCAUAUAAUUAGCUGGGCUUUGUGUGCAGUCCAGCACCCGGGGCAACUCAUCAUUCACCCAGCCACGGACCAGUCGGUCAACGAAUUGCCGUCGGGAAAUUGUCCCUUAGUUUGACCUUUUGUCCCUUAUUUGGGAGUGAGAAAGUUGGCAAACCCUAGUUGGGGGACAAUUCAAGUCAAGUUUAUUUGUCACAUACACAUACGAGAUGUGCAGUGAAAUGAAAGUGGCAAAUGCUCGCGGACUUUUGUGCAAAAGACAAACAACAAAACAACCAAACAAACUAUAAACACAAUCAUAACACACAUAUUAUUUUACAUAAUAAAUAAUGGAAGGAAAAACGUUCAGUAAAGUUAGUCCCUGGUGAGAUAGGCGUUUACAGUCCGAAUGGCCUCUGGGAAGAAACUCCUUCUCAACCUCUCCGUUCUCACCGCAUGGCAACGGAGGCGUUUGCCUGACCGUAGCAGCUGGAACAGUCUGUUGCAGGGGUGGAAGGGGUCUCUCAUGAUAUUGUUGGCUCUGGAGUUGCACCUCCGGUUGUAUAGUUCCUGCAGGGGGGUGAGUGAAGUUCCCAUAGUGCGUUCGGCCGAACGCACUACUCUCUGCAGAGCCUUCUUGUCCUUGGCAGAGCAAUUCCAAAACCAGAUGGUAAUGUUCCCGGACAAGAUGCUUUCCACCGCCGCUGCGUAGAAGCACUGGAGGAUCCUCGGAGACACUCUGAAUUUCCUCAAUUGCCUGAGGUGGUAAAGGCACUGCCUUGCCUUAC